AUGUUCACAGACAAAGGAGAGGCAAGCUUGGGUGUGGUAAUAUGUAACUAUGCUGGCAAAAUCAUAGCGGCUCUCUCUAAAAAAAUCCCACAGCCACCUUCAAUUACAUGCUUGGAGUUACUUGCAGCAAGGCGUGCUGCCAUUUUUGUCCACGAAUUAGGUCUCCAUGAGUCCAUUUUGGAAGGAGACUCGGAAACUGUCAUCAAAUCCCUUCAGAAAGGUGAUAUGUUUCAAUUUGCUUAUGGCCAUCUUUUUAAAGACACUAUGUUCUAUGUUAAUUCCUUAAGAAGCUAUUGUUUUUCUCAUACCUAUAGGAAGGGAAAUUCUAUAGCCGAUACUUCAGCAAAAAAAGCUAGAUUCAGUUCUGAUUUAACCGUCUGGAUGGAGCAUGUUCCACCAGAUAUCAAGUCUUUUGUAUUGGCAGAUAUGCCUUUUCCUUGA